CUCGUCCCUCGAUUGUUUCCGCGGAAUCGUGAACACUUCUAUCAUUAUUAAAAUACUAACUGCGGUCCUAACGGAGCGACUUGAUGCUGCAUUGCGUCACUGCGGGUUUUUAUCAGGAAGGCAGCACGGCUUUAGGAGGGGAUGCCAGGUAGUCGUUGAGGCGCAGCGCGCGGCGGCGUUGAAGCCGGUGCAGCAACCGGUGCAGCCGGAGGGCU